AUCAUCAGUGCUGGAAGAGAGUGGGGUUUGUGGGGAGGAGGAGGCAUCCAACCGUGGCAACUUUAAGUCCUGUGGGUUUCAACUCCCAGAAUUCCCCAGCCAGCUAUGAAAUCAAGAGUGCAGGGGGCUGAGCAGAGGACAAUUCUGAAAACUCUUCGACGCACAUGGAUGGAAGAAAGCCAUCACUGAGAUAAAAAAAAAGAAAAGAAAACUAUAUUGGCUGCGCUCGACCAGAGAAGCACGUACGCCUGCGAGGCAGAAGGUCGAAGCCAAGACAAGCGUCUUCUGGAGAAGCAACCUGCGUCACUUGGGCCAUUCCCACCCCUGUUCUCAGCAAGACGCGACUUUUGCACCACAUAGUUUCAGCUCGCAGUGGAAAACAUGCUGUCAAUAGUGGGCAGAGGGCCAACCUGGGUGGGCAAUGGCACACAAACCUUUGGGGAGCUGAGGUGUGUCUCAGUGCAGCAAUAAUCCUUUGGGAUCAUACAUAUCAAGUCAGCCUGGCAUUGAAACACACACACAGAGAGAGAGACUUUGCAGUUCUGGCUUUGAUUUGUCCAGAAUGGUCUCCUGUCUGAGCAGGGAUUGGAAUAGAAGACCUGCAAGGUCCCUUCCAACUCUUGUUAUUCUGUGUUCUGUAUUCUGAUUCUGACUUUGGCCAGGCUCCCUCUCGGCCCCUGCUCUGUGUAUGUGAUUCUUCCACCCAUUUUUGCUAAAUCCGACCCAGUCUUGUUCCAAUCGAGAACAACAGAGAAAUUUCCUGACAGUGAGAACAAUUCAUCAGUUGGAGUGGCUGGCCUCCAGAUGUUGUUAGGUGCUCCUUCACUGGAGGUUUUUUUUUUUUAAAGACUGAAUGAUCACUUGUCUGAAAUGGUAUAUAAGGUCUCCUGCUGGAGCAGGGGGCUGGACUAGGAGACCUCCAAGGUCCCUUCCAAGUCUGUUAUUUGUUAUUUGACAAAUGUUCUCUGGAGGCUUUCAAGAAAAGAUUAGACGACCCUUUGUCCGGGACGUUAUAAGGACUCCUCUCUCAGCCAUGGGGUUGGACUAGAAGACUCCAAGGUCCUUUCCAUCCCUAAGAUUUCCAUAAUUCCGUGAGAAUGUAUUCUCUUUUUUGCCCCUUUUAAGAGAAAAGAUAAUUUAGAUGGAAAUUUGCCCGCGCUGGGUGUGGUCUAUGUUGUGUCCAUUUUCAUUCACCUUGCACAAUACCAACCUCGUGGUUCGUUGUUCCUUCGGUAACCCCAAGAUGGGACUUGGGGGAACUGCUGCCGAAGGAUUCCAGACAUUGAAAAAUAUACAAAGCCAGGAAUUUGGUUGGGCUGCAUUCUUUGGAGAACUGCAAGCAGGACAAAUGGGGACCUGCCCUCUGCUUUCAACUCUUGACAAAACAUUCCCAGUCAAGCAUGGCAAAGAAAUAUAUUCUACCUGGCUGGAGCACCUACUGCAGGGAAGUCAGAGGCCACCACCAACCUGCCAGGUGAAGAAACUCAACAGGAAUAUUAAGUUGAAGCGUUGGGACUUCUUUGCAGGGAAACCCACCCAGCUUGCGAAAAAAUACGGGCCCAUCUUUACCCUCUAUUUCGGGUUCAAGAAAGUGGUGGUGCUGACGGGCUAUGAAGCAGUGAAGGACGCUCUUGUGAACUUCACCGAGGAAUUUGUGGAUAGGCCUUCCAUACCUAUAUUUGAGCAAAUUCAACAUGGAAAUGGGGUUUUCUUCUCCACCGGAGAGCUAUGGAGGACUACCCGAAGAUUUACGGUGUCCGCCAUGCGCAACCUUGGGAUGGGGAAAAAACACAUCGAGGAAUGCAUUACCGAAGAGCUAAGUUUUCUGAUAGAGAAUAUUAACUCUUUUGAAGGUGAGCCUUUCAACCUGAGGACUUUCAACGCGGCUGCGACCAACAUCACUUUUGUUCUGCUGUUUGGGGAACGAUUUGAGUACAACAACCCGACUUUUCUCACUCUUCAGAGACUCAUAGAUGAAGUGAUGUGUCUUCUUGGGUCCCCUGCUUUACACCUGUUCAACUUCUACCCAUUCCUGGGUUUUCUCUUCACUGUGCACAAGACUUUGCUUCAGAAGAUCGAAGAGGUCCGAGUGAUUAUCAGAGAUUAUAUCAAGAGUAGCAGACAAGAUCUCAACGGCAAUUGCUUCAGGAGCUACACAGAAGCUUUAGUCUUCAAGCAGCAACAGGACAUGAACAAAAGGCAGAACCUCUUCCACGAAGAUAAUUUAAUUGCGUCCAUUCUGGAUCUCGUCAUGGCUGGGACAGAGACCACCGCCACAACUCUGCAGUGGGCUGUCUUGCUGGCCAUGAGGUAUCCGGAGAUGCAAAAGAAGGUCCAGGAGGAGAUCGGGCGAGUGGUGAAGCCGGGUCAUUGGGUCACUUACGAAGACCGGCGCCACAUGCCUUUCACCAACGCGGUGAUCCAUGAGGUCCAGCGUUUCAUCACCCUCCUGCCACACGUCCCUCGAAGCACCUCCGUGGACACCCACUUCAGAGGCUACUUCCUCCCCAAGGGGACCAUGGUCAUCCCAUCGCUGACCUCAGUCCUGCUUGACCAGAGCCAGUGGGAAACCCCCCACGAAUUCAACCCCAACCACUUCCUUGACCCCAGUGGGAAUUUCGUCAAGAAAGACGCCUUUGUGCCCUAUUCUUUAGGACGCAGGAACUGCAUCGGCGAAAGUCUGGCCAAAAUGGAGCUCUUCCUCUUCUUCACGGGCCUCCUGCAGAAAUUCACUUUCCGGCCUCCGCCUGGGCUUACAGAAACGGACUUGGACCUGGAAGUCCCUAAGACGACGUUCACCCUAAGACCACAGCCGCAGCUGACGUGGGCCGUUCUCCGUGAGUGAAGAAAACGUGGCACGAGACGCAGGUGGGAAAGAAGGGGAAAAGACACUCCUAUACAGACCAUACACUCUCUGUUUGUGUGUGUACAUAAUCUGUAUCUCUACAUGUAGACUAUAUAGGUCUUAAGACAGGGUUUCUCAAUCUUGGCAGCUUUAAAAGCCUCCCUGCACAUGUGCUGGCUGGGGAAUUCUGGGAGUUGAAGUUCACACAUCUUAAACUUGCCAAGACUGAGAAAUGUAGCAUAGCAUAGCUUGCUAAUUCCAUAGCAAGCUAGAUUUAACAUUAAGCUAGACUCCAAAAGAGAAAGAGAGUGGAAAAAAAAUAGAUAUAAAAAAAACCCCAAAUCCUUGGGGGCAAAAUGAUGUUUAACUUCCCAUAUAUAUUCAUGGAUAAGCAAAUAAGUUGACCCUCCAAUCUUUCACCAAACUAUCAUGAAGGAUGAGACUGACCUUGUGAACUUCUAGGAAGCUUUUACCUUAGGAGGGGAGAAGAUUUACUGGUUUUAAUCGAAACAGGCUGUUCUUAUCAUUGCAGCCUUUUUCUAUUCUUCAGUAUCUGACUGACAGUCUCGACUGCCUCUCCAUGGCUGGUCUGCAUCAUAGCAAACCCUUUUUUUUUUUUUUUUUGCAAUUUUGCUUGACUUUUAGAGGCUAGCUCAUCCUUGCAUUGCCUAUUCUCCAUCUGAAACACAGCGUUUCAAAACCAAAAGUGAGGCUUUUCAUGAGAAGCAUGCACAUCGUUUUUUGUCGUGUUUGUAUAAGCCUGGCAACCUUUAAAAUCAAUUUAUAUAUCUCUCCACCUAAGUUCUUGUUCCUGAUUUUGCUUUCUGCUUUCUGACUGCAGGGAGCACAUGGCAGGUGCCACAGAGGUGAGAAAGCACCAGCAAUGCUCUAGUCAGGAUGGGAAGAA